AUGCACAUGGCAAUCCACGGUUUCCGUUUUCGACGACUUUUGGGUCGUAUUCAUACCUCCCUUUACUCCAAUAAGGCGUUGGAAGAUGCGGCUGCUCAUUCGCAGUCGGUCUACGCCUGGAAUUUACGAGCCGAACUUGAGAGCUGGCGAGCUUCGGUUCCUCCUCUAUUACCCCUCAAAGGACAAGCACUCUCGUUCUUUACAACUAGAGACGGAUUUGUAACCGACUAUUAUUAUGCUGUCUUGCUUCUAGGUCGUGUCCAAAUCAUAAAUUGCAAGGGUGAAGCAACAAGCAGUGCUUUCCUUGAAUGCGUGCAAGCUGCAGUGAACAUCGUACGUGCAUAUCGUGGUCAAUUUAUCGGAAAGCCAACUUGCUAUACUUGGGGAGCUCUCCAUGAAUUAUUCCUCGCUGGAUUGACCUAUCUGCAUUGCCUCUGGACAUCAGCCGAUGCACGUCGGGCAACUCGACCAGACCAAGUGAGUAGCACCUGUACAGACUGUACGGUUGUUUUGGCAAUAAUGGCAGAGCGGUGGGAUGUUGCAGCGCCUUAUAGAGACAUCUUUGAAGCACUUGCUGGACAUACUAUGACUAUGAUGACGGACAAAGAACAUGAGCGGCCUACUUUAUUAGGGUCUUUGACGGAAUCUGGUGACCCAAAUGUAGAAAGCAUGAUGCAGUGGAGGGCGCGAAUCCCAGACAUGGAAAUAUCCAGUGGUAUCGACAGCUUGUUGACAAGUUUGAUUGGUGAUAUGCCAUCUGAAACGCAGGCUGGUACCAAAGAAGGAUCUUGGUAA